CGCCGCAGCGCUCCGGACCCAAGAUGGCCGCCGUGUCAGUUUGGGGCUUCGCCGCCGUCCGGCCUCCGGCUCGCGGUUUGCGUCUCUCGCAGGCCCCGAUUUAAUGUUCCAGUUUUCCUGAUGUGAGAUUGGAAAUCCAAAGUUGAGGUGAGAUGUGCUGAGUUCUUUACAACUUUGUGAAAACCUUGCUCUGGAGCUGUUGAUGGAUUUAUUGAAAGCAUGAAGAAAUUCCUAACAGAAUAUAUCAUUUUUCUACUUUCAGUUUAAAAAUAUUAAUGUUUGAGAAACAGAGAGUAAUUCAGCUCCAAAAACGUGUAUGCUAUGGUUAACUGGUUCCCAUCCUCCAAAAAUCUGUUUUCCCGUGGUGUGAAGCUUAUUCAGCAUCGGGAUAAAGGAUAACGACUCUAUGGAUAUACAGAAUUCUUCACCAUGGUAAAACUCGCUAACCCGCUGUAUACGGAGUGGAUUUUGGAGGCGAUCAAAAAGGUGAAGAAGCAAAAACAACGCCCUUCAGAGGAGAGGAUAUGCAAUGCAGUGUCUUCAUCCCAUGGUUUGGACCGUAAAACUGUUCUGGAACAACUAGAAUUGAGUGUUAAAGAUGGAACUAUAUUAAAAGUUUCCAACAAAGGUCUCAAUUCCUACAAGGAUCCUGAUAAUCCUGGGAGAAUAGCACUUCCUAAACCUCGAAACCAUGGAAAAUUGGAUGGUAAACCAAACGUGGACUGGAAUAAACUGAUCAAACGGGCAAUUGAGGGCUUGGCAGAGUCCAGUGGUUCAUCCUUGAAGAAUAUUGAACGCUUUUUGAAAGGUCAGAAGGAUGUGUCUGCAUUGUUUGGAGGUAGUGGCACUUCCAUCUUUCACCAGCAAUUGCGACUGGCUGUCAAGCGUGCUGUUGGCCAUGGCAGACUCCUUAAAGAUGGACCUUUGUACCAACUCAACACUAAAGCAGCCAUCAAUGCUGAUGGGAAAGAGAGUUGUGAGUCUCUUUCCUGUCUGCCUCCAGUGUCGCUCCUUCCUCAUGAAAAGGAUAAGCCGGUUGCUGAACCAAUCCCAAUCUGCAGUUUCUGCCUUGGUACAAAAGAACAGAAUCGUGAGAAAAAACCUGAGGAGCUCAUCUCGUGUGCUGAUUGUGGCAACAGUGGUCAUCCGUCCUGUUUGAAGUUCUCUCCAGAGCUAACAGUUCGAGUGAAGGCCUUACGAUGGCAGUGCAUUGAGUGCAAAACUUGCAGCUCCUGUCGAGAUCAGGGCAAAAAUGCAGAUAAUAUGCUAUUUUGUGAUUCAUGUGACCGAGGUUUUCACAUGGAGUGCUGUGACCCACCUCUCACCAGGAUGCCGAAAGGUAUGUGGAUAUGUCAGAUAUGCCGGCCACGGAAGAAAGGAAGAAAACUUCUACACAAGAAGGCAGCACAGAUAAAACGACGCUAUGCCAACCCAAUAGGACGUCCCAAAAACAGGUUAAAGAACCAAAACACAACAUCAAAAGGCCCCUUCAGUAAAGUUCGAACUGGCCCUGAUCGGGGCCGGAAGCGGAAGAUCACUCUAUCCAUCCAGUCAGCGUCGUCAGCAGAAGGAGAAUACCUGGAACGGAUCGAUGCCCUGGACUUUUGCAGAGAUGGCAGCACCACCUUGAAAUUUAACAAGAAAACCAAAGGGCUCAUUGAUGGCCUUACCAAAUUCUUUACCCCCUCCCCUGAUGGGCGGAAAGCUCGUGGGGAAAUGGUGGACUAUUCUCAGCAAUAUAGGAUCAGGAAAAAGGGCACCAGAAGAUCUAGCACUUCAGACUGGCCCACAGACAAUCAGGAUGGCUGGGAUGGAAAACAGGAAAAUGAGGAGCGGCUUCUUGGGAGCCAGGAUGUCAUGACUGAAAAAGAUAUGGAGUUGUUCCGAGAUAUUCAGGAGCAAGCACUGCAGAAAGUAGGGGUGACAGGGCCCCCCGAUCCACAAGUCCGUUGCCCUUCGGUUAUCGAGUUUGGGAAGUAUGAAAUCCACACCUGGUACUCCUCCCCAUACCCACAGGAAUACUCAAGGCUGCCUAAAUUGUACCUUUGUGAAUUCUGUCUGAAGUAUAUGAAAAGUAGAACUAUUCUCCAGCAGCACAUGAAAAAAUGUGGCUGGUUUCAUCCUCCAGCCAAUGAAAUUUACAGAAAGAACAAUAUUUCAGUCUUUGAGGUUGAUGGCAAUGUCAGUACCAUUUACUGCCAGAACCUGUGCUUGCUGGCAAAACUCUUCCUGGACCAUAAGACACUCUAUUAUGAUGUGGAGCCAUUUCUUUUCUAUGUGCUGACACAGAAUGAUGUCAAGGGCUGUCACCUUGUAGGCUAUUUCUCAAAAGAGAAGCACUGCCAACAGAAGUACAAUGUUUCCUGUAUAAUGAUUCUUCCCCAGUACCAGCGUAAGGGCUAUGGCAGAUUCCUCAUUGAUUUCAGCUAUCUGCUAUCAAAGCGUGAGGGCCAAGCAGGGUCCCCAGAGAAGCCAUUGUCUGAUCUGGGCCGUCUCUCAUACAUGGCUUAUUGGAAAAGUGUAAUAUUGGAGUGCCUUUAUCAUCAAAAUGACAAGCAAAUCAGCAUCAAAAAGUUAAGCAAACUCACUGGAAUCUGCCCUCAAGACAUCACUUCCACUCUGCAUCACCUGCGAAUGCUUGACUUUCGCAAGGACCAAUUUGUUAUUGUUCGUCGGGAGAAACUUAUCCAGGAUCAUAUGGCAAAGCUCCAGGUGAAUCUCCGGCCUGUAGAUGUAGAUCCAGAAUGUCUGCGUUGGACACCUGUUAUAGUUUCCAACACUGUUGUCUCUGAGGAUGAAGAGGAAGAGACUGAGGAAGGAGAAAAUGAAGAGCAGCAGCAGAAGGAAAGAGAGGUGGUAAAAUCUGUAUUGUGGGAGAAGAAGGAGCAAGAGCCUUAUUCUCCUACAGAGAGUGAAAAAAAGCCAGACAUAAUUCCAGACAAUUCUACACGGCCAAAUAAACAAGUUCUUCCCCUGGAUAGUCUUCCUGCAAACAGCCAGACAUCACGGAGAGGCCGAUGGAGCCGAAAAGGCAAAAAGCUGCAGGAGCCCUUUAGUGAGAAGGAACAGAAACUGCUCAUGGAGGAAAAGUCAGCAGUCCCCAGUGGACGAUGUAGUGAAUGCGAGGAGAAGUCAGCAGCCUCGCGGGGGCGAUGUGGUGAAUGCGAGGAGAAGUCAGCAGUCUCUCAUGGGCGAUGUGGAGAAUGUGAGGAGAAAUCUCCAGCCGCACGGGGUCGCUAUGGUGAAGAUGAGGAAAAGUCUGCAGUCCCUCAGGGACAGUAUAGCAAAGCUGAAAAGUCGUCAGCCCCCCGGAGGCGAUACAGCGAAGGCAUGGAAAUGUGGAGGGGGCAGCUAAAGAACAGCACUGAGCCCCUGAAAUGCAGAUUCACAGAGGAGUGUGACAGAUUACCCCGGCGCUAUAGCGAUGGGGAUAGAACUCUCCUGAGGUGCUUUAGUGAGAGUAGCGAAGAGGAGGAGGAUGAGCCUGUGAGUCCUCGUUCAAACUCUCCACCUGUUCUCACCAAGCCAACAUUAAAACGAAAGAAACCAAUUCUCCAUCGGAAGAGGCGAGUCCGUAAGCGCAAGCACCACAACAGCAGUGUUGUCACUGAAACAAUCUCUGAGACCACAGAGGUACUGGAUGAACCUUUUGAGGACUCGGACUCUGAGAGACCAAUGCCCCGAUUAGAGCCUACCUUUGAGAUUGAGGAGGAAGAGGAAGAGGAUGAGAGUGAACUGUUCACCCGGGGCUACUUUCGCCACUUACCCCCCCAGGAUACCCUCAGGCGCAGACCCUCCUCUAAGAGGAAGUCCAAAGAUGAAGAGGAGUCUGAUGACACUAACGGCACCCCUACCUUGAAGCCAGUAUCUGUGCUCAGAAAAUGUGAAGCAAAGGUUUCUCCAUUUGAGCCAGAUACUUCCACACCCAUGAAAAAGAAAAAGGGAUGGCCAAAAGGCAAAAGUCGCAAACCAAUCCACUGGAAGAAAAGACCUGGUAGAAAACCAGGGUUUAAACUGAACCGGGAAAAGGUGCUAGUAUCUGCUCAGGAUGAGGGAGUUGAUGCCAUGGUAACUAAUUCAAAACCAGGGCGUAAACCCAAAAUGCAGGAGAAAGAAGAGCCUCUUGAGAAGAAAGAGGAGCAGCCCCUCGCUGAGGAAAAGAAGGAGGAAGAUGUGCAAAUGGAAACAGAGGAGGUGGGAGAGGGAGAAGAGGAAGAUACAGCCAGCAGUGAAGUGAGAGCAGUUUCUCCUAUGGACAGCAGCAGCAGUCCAGCAGCAGAUGUUAAGGAGCCUGAGGUAGAGGAAGAAGUAGAGGAGAAGCCACGGGUAUUAGAAGAGCAAAGGCAAUCAGAAGAAGAACAGCAAGAAUUAGAAGAACCUGAGCAUGACCACGAGGAAGAAGAGGAUGAGGUUGCAGUAGUUAUAAACCAAAAUGAAGACCAUGAUGCAGAUGAUGAAGAUGAUGGUCAUCUGGAAUCUGCAAAGAAGAAAGAAUUGGAGGAACUGCCAAUUAGAGAAGAAGUAAAGGAGGAGCCUGAUGUCCAGGAGUCUUUUUUAGAAACAAGUAUACAGAGCAGUAGAGAAGAGGUAAAGGGCAAAAAUGAAGCAGAGGCAGAUUCUGAGGAAGAGCAGGCUUCCCAUGAGACAUCAGUGGGCUCAGAACAUGUCCCUGGCUCUGAGGACGAUCAUGAAGAAGAGCAAAAUACUAAAGAAAGGUUAAUUGAAUUAAAAGAAGAGGAAGAGAUUCCUCAUAGUGAACUAGAUCUAGAAACUGUCCAAGCAGUCCAAUCCUUGACGCAGGAGGAAAGUAAUGAACAUGAUGUAGCAUACCAGGACUGUGAGGAAACUCUUGCAGCUUGUCAGACUCUGCAGAGUUACACUCAAGCUGAUGAGGACCCUCAAAUAUCAAUGGUUGAAGAUUGCCAUGCCUCAGAACACAACAGUCCAAUAUCCUCUGUUCAGUCCCAUCCUAGCCAAUCUGUGCGUUCUGUCAGCAGUCCCAACGUGCCUGCUCUGGAGAGUGGUUACACCCAGAUAAGCCCUGAACAAGGAUCCCUGUCCGCACCUUCUAUGCAGAACAUGGAGACCAGCCCCAUGAUGGAUGUGCCUUCUGUAUCAGACCACUCUCAGCAGGUAGUGGAUAGUGGCUUCAGUGACCUUGGCAGCAUUGAGAGCACCACAGAGAACUACGAAAACCCCAGCAGUUAUGACUCCACUAUGGGAGGCAGCAUUUGUGGAAAUAACUCUUCCCAGAGCAGCUGCUCCUAUGGGGGAUUGUCCUCCUCUGGUAGCCUAACUCAGAACAGUUGUGUUGUCACUCAGCAAAUGGCAAACAUUGGCAACAGCUGCAGCAUGAUGCAACAGAGCACUGUCCAGCCUGCUGCAAACUGCAACAUUAAGUCCCCUCAGAGUUGUGUGGUAGAAAGGCCUCCAAGCAACCAGCAACCAGCAACACAGCCGCAGCAGCAGCAGCAACAGCAGCAGCCUCAGUCACAACAGCCUCAACCUCCACCUCCACCCCAGCAACAACCUCCACUGUCUCAGUGUAGCAUGAAUAAUAGUUUCACCCCAGCACCUAUGAUCAUGGAAAUACCUGAAUCAGGGGGCACUGGCAACAUAAGUAUCUAUGAGAGGAUUCCAGGAGAUUUUGGUGCUGGGAGCUACUCCCAGCCAUCAGCCACAUUCAGUUUAGCCAAGUUGCAGCAGCUGACAAACACCAUUAUGGACCCUCAUGCCAUGCCUUAUAGCCAUUCUCCUGCUGUGACAUCCUAUGCAACCAGUGUUUCUCUGUCCAACACAGGAUUGGCUCAGCUAGCUCCAUCUCAUCCAUUAGCUGGGACACCGCAAGCACAAGCCACCAUGACACCCCCACCAAACUUGGCAUCCACUACCAUGAACCUCACAUCACCUCUGCUUCAGUGUAACAUGUCUGCUACCAACAUUGGUAUCCCCCACACACAAAGGUUGCAGGGGCAAAUGCCCGUUAAGGGGCAUAUUUCCAUUCGUUCUAAAUCAGCACCACUGCCCUCUGCAACUGCACACCAGCAGCAGCUCUAUGGCCGCAGCCCACCAGCAGUUGCCAUGCAGGCUGGCCCUCGUGCACUAGCUGUUCAGCGAGGUAUGAACAUGGGGGUUAACUUAAUGCCAACUCCCCCCUACAAUGUCAAUUCCAUGAAUAUGAACACCCUGAAUGCCAUGAACAGCUACAGGAUGACACAGCCCAUGAUGAACAGCAGUUACCAUAGUAACCCUGCGUACAUGAACCAGACAGCACAGUAUCCUAUGCAGAUGCAGAUGGGAAUGAUGGGGAGCCAGGCCUAUACCCAGCAGCCUAUGCAGCCAAAUCCUCAUGGAAACAUGAUGUAUACUGGCCCCUCCCAUCACAGUUACAUGAAUGCUGCUGGGGUGCCCAAGCAGUCGCUCAACGGACCGUACAUGAGAAGAUGAGCGAGAUGAACGUGCAACCUAAAAACUUAAAUAUAUAUAAAUAAAGGAACCUUUUAUACUGACGAACCAGAGAAAAUGGACCUUUUUCCAGUUAAAAAUAUUGCUGUAGAUUUAGAGGGUUUUUCUUUGGUUUAUUUUAUUUUUUAGGAAGCCUGGUCUUUAUUCUUUUUUCGUUCGUUCAUUUUGGGUUUUUGUUUCCUUCAGAAUCCUGAAACAUUUUACAGCUGAAGUCAUUUUAAAAUGGUUUUAGGGGGAAAACGUGCACAAAAAUCUUUUCAUAAUUUAAAAAGAGCCUUACUUUGCUGACCACACAGACAGAAUAUCUUUACCAGUGAAUCAUCUUUUUAAAUUUUACUUUCAAGUGUAUGUUCCCCACCCCUUCCUCUUCCUCCAGUAUGUCCCUCUGUGUGCAGCUCCCAAUGCUGCAGUCGUUAAAAUGUCAGACAUCUCAAAGAGCAACAAAACCCAUCCCUCUAGUCCCCACCUUGCAUUUCCUACUUAAGUCCCGCAGGAGGCACUUAUGGGAGACUCAGGACAUGGAGGACAAACUAACUAUUCCAAUGAGGCAGGAAAAUUUCUCCUCUUAACCCUUUCUGACCCUCUCACCCCUCAGUACAAUUGGAAUUAUAUAUAAACAAAAAUUCUUCUCACACUGAUGUCUUCAUAGAUUAAUUAAUUGAAAUACAGUCUGUAUGUUUCAUUUUGAAAGUAUAAUGUCACUUUAAAAUGUUCUCCAGCACACACACACUGUCAGUCUGAACUAGCAUUAGCAUCUCAAAGGAGAACUGUAUGGAACCCUAACGCAACCACUAGAAGGAUAAGUGAUGGUUACUGUGCAUCAGAAAGAGAAGAAAAUGGCUACAGGGUCUUGUUUUGACAACCUGAAAAUCAGCCAUAACUCUGAGAUCCCAAACUAGUUUUUAGUAUCUACUUUGAAAUGCUAAGGGUCUUGGUUCUGAGCCUUGGAGUCUGACUGAGCUCAAGAGCAGCCAUUGCCAGUGAUCUGCCUCUAUAUUCCUUUACUCACAUAAUCUUGGAAGAUGAAGCGUACGUUUCAGUGACUUGACAAGAAACCUACAGAGUCUUUGUCACUAUUCCAUUCCUCUGCAUGUGGGGGGAAACUGCUGGGUGUGUCCUUUUUCCAGGGGAGUCAUGGUGUUAAAACAGGCACAUUCCUGCUUUCCCGGUUUCUUUUGAGAUCAUUGCUUAAGAAAUUGAUCACCUUUGAGUCUGUGUGUGGGAAGUGAAGGGAAUUUCAGCUCCUCUCAAGGGAGGAAAUGGGAGUGGGACCGUCAGCAACAGCAGUGGGACCUAGUCAGCAGGAUUUUGUAGUGUGCGUGUUCCACGCUAUUCCCACUGUUCCUAUUCUCUUUCUGCUACUCAACUGUGUAUCAUAAAAGAGAGUGACUGCACCUGUUGGCAUGCCAGCAAAUAUACAAAGAAGGGCCAUUAUUUACCCUUUAGUGUAAAACUCUCUCUUUUAUUGUAUAUUCUGUAGAGAUACAGACAAUAAUAAAAACAAUUAGUUGUAAACAAAACAAAAAAACAUCUAAAUGAAGAUUUGAGGUUUCUUCAGAUGCACUAAAACGGACCUUUCUUCAAUAACUGCCAAAUAUAAAAAGGCAGAACUCCAAGGACUUCCACUCCUUAUUUCUUUGUUUUGAGCAUGUGUGAGGCUGUGUAGAAUCCUGUUUCUCUGUAUAUACUAUUCCGGUUUUAACUCAUCCAUGUAGAAAGCGCACUGUGCUGCCCUCUCCUUCCUAGAUCUUCAGCUGUGUCAUUGCUUCGUGGUUGUGGGAGGGAGGGCGGGGGAGCAGGGAGAAAGAGGGUUAAAGACAGAAGGAGAAACUGUUGAAAUGAGGGCUGUGAAUUUAGUUUGUUUGGUGUUAUGUUUGGUUUGGUUUUUGUAUGUUUUUUUAAUCAAUUGGGCAGCUCCCUUUUCCACAAACCUUUGUGACUGUAGAACUAUUGUAGAAAAAAAAGUUCUUUUCUAUAUUAUAAAAAGAAAUUAUCCAACACAAGUAAUAUUGGUACCUACCAUUUUUUCACUUCUGUUUAAAAAAAAAUGUAUUUUUAGCAAGAUAACUUGGGUAAUCUUCUAAAAGAAAUUUAAAAAAAUCACUGUUAGUGACUUUGAUGCCUUUUAAAAUAAGAGCUUUUUCAUUUCAUUCCAUCUUUAAAAUUUUUUAUCUUUGUUGUAGAAUAUUAAAAACUAUUUUAAGAAAGAUAAAAAUUCUCUUUAAAGAGAUCUCUAGAGUGUGUGAAUAGAGCUCCAGAUGCCUCUAAAAGCCGCAUGUACAAAUGAAGCUAAGUCUAUUCCUGUCUGUUUAUAUUUGCUUUUCCUGUUUUGUAACCUCUUUGUACUUUGUUCAUGGUGACUUGUAAGCUAAGGGGAAGGGGGGCCUAGAUGCCUUUGUAAUUCUCCAUGUCAUGCGCUCCUGGCCGGCUGGCCUCCCUUCCUCUCCUUGUAUGUAAUAUCACUUUUUUUUCCCUUUCUAGCAAGUACUUUCAAAAGAACUCUGUACAUUUUAACAUAAAAAAAUAAAUUAUGUUGAGCCAUUUUGGA